AUGCAAGAAUCUCGGAACCCUUACUUUAGCGCACCCCAGCCGAACCAGUUACCUCAGCGAGGCGGCUCACUCCUAAGAAAGCAUCGAAAGCGAGAGCUAGCACAUUCACCAACACAUCACACAGCUGUCCCUCGUGAUACACAGCACACCGGCCGCUCACCCCAAAUCAGCCGACAGGGCGACGAUGAAGGAAUGUACCCUGAACCACUCAACGUAAAAUGCAAGGGAAGCCCCGCUGCGGAGAAUACAGAGAGGAGAUCAGAUCCUGUUCCUGUAGCAGCACGCCCAGGGUUAUUGCAACGCGCCGCCACAGGGCCGUAUCAGCAGCGUCAAGACCCUGGAGUCCGCGACGCAAACCAUCUGCAUGCGCCUACCCUCGAUUUCAUACACCCCGUUCUCCGUGCUGCUCGUUCACGUCCUCCAGCGCGUCCAAAAUCUACUCCUCGGCCGUUAUUCGAGGCCGUCCUUCAGUGGGCGCAUCUUGAACCCUUCUAUGACAAGUUCGUAGGCGACCUAACCGUGUCACAAGCAAAGGACCACUCGGAAAUAAGUUGCGCAAUAGACAGGGUCGAAAUGCAAGGGUCGAUACACGGAAACAAGAAAUGGACAGUAGAGAGCCUGAAGGUCGUCGAGUUGCUUGGCGUGGCGGAGAUUCUGCAGGGCAGGAGUUGGCGAUGGGUGGUUGAGGAGAUGGUCAAGCCACCUGAAGAUGUGAAAUGGGGGGCGCAGACGAUAGGGGACAAUGGAAGGCAGAGGGCUAGUAUACAGGAGAAGGUUCGAAGAGCACAGGUUCCUCUCUCAGCGGCUGCCCUCCUUGCAGCACGUUCCCAGCCAGCGCUACCCCCUCUACCCCCUCUACCCAAUUCAGCAGCUUUCAAGCUCCCAGGCUCCCCAUUGGCGAAGACCUUCAUCAGAAAUGAGGACGACGAUGACGACGAUUCACCACCACCAGAAGGAAUAGAAUGGGAUUCUGCUUCCGCAGUCAGUGCGGAUUCUUCCCCAGGUCCAGCAACACCCACGGACAACCCAGUCAACACGUAUCGCUUACCCGACACGUCUACGAAUCCGAAUCACAAAUACGUCACCGACCUCCACCCCAACCCUACCCAUCCACCAGACGAAGACCUGCCCCCGCCGCCAAAACUCCCUCCUCCACCCGCUCUCCCACCUCUAUCGCCUACACUUCCAUCUCCGCCGCCGCCGCCGCCGCCGCCUGCCCUCCGCGAAAAACCCCACGCCCUAGACCGCGACGCCAUCACCUCCCUCGACCUAGAGUCCAAGCGCGACGACAUCCACGCCACGCUCGCGUGGAUGAAGGGUCAAAUAGACAGCCUGCCCCACCAGCACCCGCCCUUCGUCCACCGCUCCGACCGGUACAGCGGCGAGAGCGCGCGCACAGCCUCCAGCAGCAAAGGCAGCCCCCUCUUUCCUCCCGCAUCGCCGUCCAGAAGAGGGAGCCCCGUCGUAGCCCCGCUAAAACCCAAGCCCUCGAAGCGCGGCCUCUCGCUGCGCGGGCGCAAGGACAAAGAUAAGAAUAAAGAGGGGGGAGGUUCAGCGCGCAGCUCGCGGGAGGAGAAACCCGGGGCGAGCUCUUCGGCGCGGUCCUCACGUGAGGGAAAGCAGCGAGCGGAGGAGCGCGGCGCGUUGGAGCGAGUGGUGCACGAAGCGCAUGAUAGCUUGCUAGAGCGGCAGGAGGUGGAGGAGGGGAGGAAGAGGCAGGAGGAGCGGAAGGGGCCGGGUGUCAAGUCGAUAAUGCUGGGGUUUCAUAGGCGGAAUAGCGAGGAGAGUUGA